AUGACUCGCUGGGUCCCCUGGGUGAGGCGGUUUGCCUCACUCCCCACGACGACGUGUCGUCACCUGCGCCUCCUCUCCGUCGAGGCCGCAGCUCACCACGCCAACAAGACCCAAGUCUACGUAUCGAGGUCCAACGAUCCUCUCUUGAACCUCUCCGUCGAGCAUAGACUGCUGCAAAUCACUCCUCCCGAAUCGACCAUCUUACUGCUCUAUGUCAACUCGCCAUGCGUAGUCUUUGGCCGGAACCAGAAUCCGUGGCUGGAGAUCAAUCUGCCCCGGCUGGCGCAAAUUGCAAACCGCCCCCGUGAAAUUGGAUGGAAAGACUCGCCAGUCAAGCUUGUUAGGAGGCGCUCCGGCGGUGGUGCAGUUUUCCACGACCUCGGUAAUGUCAACUUCAGCGUCAUCUGCCCUCCACAGGCCUUUGAUCGAGAUAAACAUGCGGAAAUGGUAGUUCGAGCUCUGAAGUCAUUGGGACGGCCAACCACCAGCGUAAACGAGCGACACGACAUCGUCAUUGAUGUACGAGCAGCCGGCAAACCAGCCAGCAGCACCUUUAAGAUAUCCGGCUCUGCCUAUAAACUGACACGUUUGCGAUCCCUGCAUCACGGCACGUGUCUUCUUCGCAGUCCCAAUCUAUCAGAUAUCUCCGGCAUGCUUCGGUCGCCAGCAGAGCCCUUUGUCAAAGCCAGGGGUGUUGAUAGUGUGCGCAGUCCAGUGAGUAACGCGAACCUGGAUGUUGACUUGUUUCAAGACGCGCUUGUCCGAGAGUUUGCCAAAAUGUACGGCGACUUUGAUGUGCAUGCGGAAUUCGACAGUUACGCAUCACAGGACCAGAAGAUGGCCAGUGGCUACGGGGAACUGCAAUCCAAGGACUGGAUAUAUGGACAAACCCCACGCUUCACGUUUUCCACCCAUCCGUUCGAGGCGGAUUCUCGUCGUCGGCCGCGCCUACCGUUUGACUACAAAAUUCACUUCGAAGCGAGACAUGGCGUUAUUGAACGAUUUAGCAUUCCUGGGGAGCAAAACUUUGAUGGACAGAAGCUUAUCAACACUUCCCUACACGACAUUUCCAACUGGAGCUCGCAGCUUUCUCAGGCCGGCCUGGGAAGAGAAGCUUCCGCCCACGUUGGAAGCUGGAUGGAUCAAGUCCUUGGCACCGAGUUCACCCAAAUUUCAUCGCCUGCUACCAUCUAA